AUAUCCACAUGUAUUACUCAGAAGGAGGCAUUAGAAGAUCUUCAUGCAGAAAACAGCAAGCUGGCUGGGCUCUUUUGUAAACUGAGAGCCUUCAAUCACUGGAGGUUGGUGACUGGUAGAGGCAAGCUGCAAAAAGACCUGCUUCAAUGGAAACAAAAUGAGGUCUCCUGUAAAACAGAGGCCCUUAAAAUGAAGAUGAUUUCUGAAGAGAAGGUGAUCGUAUUGAAACAAGAGCUUGAUGCAGUGCAACAUGAACUCUUUCAACGUAAGAGCGACUAUGAACACAUCAAGAGACAGAUCGCUCAACAGACUCAAAAGUUACAGGAUGUUGAACAUCGGUCUGUACGAGAUGCGCAGAGCCGUCAGGAGCUGGAGAACUUGCGUAUGCAGAGUCUGGGGCAACUGCAGGAAGAUGUGGUGGAUCGAGACGAUCAGGUCAGAGCUUUGAGCGCACAACUGGAGAAAAACACCAGAGAGACGGAGCUGCUACAACAACGCAAUCACCAACGAAUCAAACACGUGAGAGGUCAGCUUCAUCAAGAACGCUCCCUGAAACUUGAAGCUUUCCAGCAUGUGGACAAACUACAAAGUCAGAUUCACAGUUUCGAGACAGCUUUAUCCAAAUCCACCGUUUCUUCAGGACGCCAAAGCUCCUCAAGAAAGCUACAUUUACGAAACGCAUCAGCUGGUUUACUCAGGAGUAACUCCAUUACACGGUUUUUAAGCAGUAGUUUUAUAAACAGAGAUUACACAACAGAAGACCUCUCUACUGACGGUGGCUACAGGGAGUCUUGGACACCUCUGGAAAGACCGAAAACAAACACCAGUCGUCUACAUCUGGACAUUUCAGAGGCGCUGUUGCCCAGUCUUCCUGAUCCAAUCUCAUCAUCUAACCACACAUCAUACCAGAAUUUUAGGUUUGGUCACAAAUAAACGAUUUAAAGCGUACUUUAUAUUGGACUAGGCUAGCGACAUAUUUUUAGUUUAGCAUAACUUUUAACGUAUAAUUAGUGGAUUCAUGUAGUGUAGACUGGGGAUAUUGUGGAAAAGUUUGGGAUGCCAAGGGUGAAGUCCACGAGUGCACAAGCAUAAAUAUCUCGUAGUUGUCUCUGUUUUUAACAUCACAAUAUAAACACAUCACCCCUUUAAAUUGUUUUUGGACAAGUAACGUUGUUUGUAUCUGUACUGUUUAUUGCGUUUUGUGCUAUUAACAAUAUUAAACCAUUAUUAAAAAAAAAA